AUGGACCUGCCCGAGGAAGUGAUGAUGGAGAUCCUAAUGAGAUUGCCCGUCAAAUCCCUGUUGAAAAUCAGGUGUGUUUGUAAAGCUUGGUGUGGUUUGAUCAAAAGCCCCUCCUUCAUUGAUAUGCUCAAGCGCUACAUCGAGCACGAGAACCAAACCAUGAUAUCCUUCCAUUCCAACAAUGAUGAAGCAGAAAAAUCUCUCUCUCUCUGUCUUCGCCCACCUAUAGAAGUUACUUGGUUUUACCAUCGCAAUCUUGAAGCUGCCCACUUGAUUGGUCCAUGCAAUGGCAUCGUUUGCAUUACCGAUGGCAUGGACAUAUAUCUCUGUAAUCCUGCCACUCGUGAACUAAGGAAACUUCCUCCCAGCCCCUUUGGAUGCCCUGAAUAUUAUCGUCCUAUGACAGAUGGUGUAGGAAUCGGAUUUGAUUCAUCCACCAAUGAUUACAAGGUUGUUAGGAUUCUAUUUUGGGAAACUAUAGAGUAUAGUCCUGGCCGUCAAUACCAAGCUGAACUAUACUCUCUCAACACAAAUUCUUGGAGAGAAUUAAGAGAUGUGAUCUUGCCCUUCUAUCAUUUUUUUGCCCGAUGCAACCUGUUAUUUCAGGGGCGCUUCCACUGGCGUGCCUGGCAUGCCUUGGCUCAACCCUGCGACACUGACUGUAUCCUUUCUUUUGAUAUGAGGGCCGAGGUGUUUGACGUGAUCCACUACCCUCCUAGUUGUGUUGGAGAUUUAGGUCUUGUUGAAAACAAAGAACCCAGUUUUGUUAGCUUAAAUGAUUCCUUGGCCUUGAUUUUAUGCACCUCCUUGCCGGAGGAGCACCCAGCCCCUCCACAGGUCAUUGAUAUAUGGGUAGGGUAA